AUCUUUUUCAAAGAUGCUACGUUUGGUGUGGCUCGCUUGGUUGACCCAAUUCGGCUCUUCGCAGGCGUGGCUGCGCGGCAGUGAUGGCCGUGCGCAAUGGGAUUACGAGUGGCACUUCGAGGGGUUUGAGCUGUUGUCACUGGAGUCCGAGCCCAGCUCUCACUGCGCUGAAUUGUGCAUCACAGAGGCGAAUUGCUCCCACUGGACAUGGGCGUCUGCAUCCGACGGCACGUGUCAGCUCAAACAGGGAGCUACCAACGCUGUUGUUCUCCACGCCAGUCAUUUGUGCGGCUUCUUACCGGCCAGAUUCGCCCCGGAUGAGACUCGGGCCUACGACUUCGGGCUGACGCUCUCAGAAGACACAGAAGAUGACAUGACAGAAGACGAUGCGGAGACGGCGCUGCGGAUGCUCAAUUCCUUUCGGACCAAGCGCGGGAAGAGCAAGCUAUCGGUUGACGCGCGGCUGGUUCUGAUCGCUCAUGAACUGACGACGACGUGUCGAGCUGUGCCAUUCACCACCAACAUGAAUGAUGGAGAAGGGUAUGAGUUUUUUCCUGCUUUGCCGACUUCUAUGACACCUAGAGAUUUUACCGGCGAGGUGCAUGCAAUAUCAGUUGCGGCACCCCCGGACAGCUCUGUUAAACACGCGAUAGAGUGGUGGACAAGUGCUAUUGACAGCAGGACUGGAGCUAAACCUUUUUACUCGGAUGGUGUGGGUAUUGUUGGCUUGGCAAAGCGCCAAGUCAGUUCGUGCUGGGAAAGCAAAGUUAACAGUAGUGGCAACGGUGGCAGCUCUUUUGAUAUCGUGUGGACGAUGCUGUUGGCAAAAUACGAGUAAGAGCAAACUCGAAAGAGAGGGAAUAACGCGUUUUGCAUUUGCUGCGGAUUGGCAGUCUGCGUGAAUUGACCAAGCCUUCAUGAUCGUGCUUCGUAGUGGCCGCAGUUUACCCAUCCAUGAAUCAAAUCGACGACCUUGCCGAUCAUCGGAAGGCAUCGGACCGAUGCCCUUCCUUAGACUUUUUAGGAGCUUCUCGACAGUACGGCCCUCGUACACAAAUUCUGGAUCGUUGCUGACAGUUAACAGCAGCUGAGGCAAAGUACUCCGCAUUGCCAUUUUCUUGACUGACACUUAUAGUCCGUGAAUUGUACCCGUGGCCCAGCUCAGGUGGAAUGACGCAUGACGCUUGAUCACCAGGUUGGUAGUAGCUCUCAGCACCGCUCCUAGAUAGCCACCCCAGCAAUAGCCGUUGUCACUGUUGUGCCCAAAGUCUCAAUAAAUAACCCCGCCAUCAACUACUGGA